AUGGCUCGAGCGGGAGGGAUAACAAAUGCAGUAAACGUGGGAAUCGCAGUGCAAGCCGAUUGGGAGAACCGCGAAUUCAUUUCUCACAUUUCUCUCAACGUUCGUCGCCUCUUCGACUUCCUUGUCCAAUUCGAGGCUACGACGAAGAGCAAGUUGGCGUCUUUAAAUGAGAAACUGGAUGUGUUGGAGCGCAGGUUGGAACUGCUUGAAGUUCAAGUGGGCAAUGCCUCGGCUAACCCUUCUCUUUUUGCUACAUGA